AUGCUUACUCUAUCCCCCCUCCUAGCGCUCUGCGCCCUCGUUUUCGCAGUCGUCCAGAUCCGCGAAGCAUCACCAUUCCUCCCACCAACUCCCACUGAUCCAAACCUCCAGGAAACCUUCCCCCUCUCGGCCCGCUUCUAUCCCUACCCCUACCCACCACUCAACACAAGCACCGCCCCCGCCCCAGCGCAGACCUACAUCCUCAGCAGCAGCAUGACCGUCGACCUUACCUCCCUGCUGCCCGAUUCGCUCUCUCAUGGCGUCAGCAUGCCGCUCGUGCUCGACACCAUGCAGGCCUGUACUUGGGUGCCGACGCGGGGUAUGUCGUGCCAUACCUAUGACGGCAACGGCGGUACCGGUACGGGAGCUGAAGGCGAUGGCGAUGCCAACUCUGUCGCAAGGGGUGGCGGCGGGGUGAAUUGUUCGCAAAUUUCAGCGGUUGACCCGCCGCUGAGGGCGCUGUUUGGGCAGGUAAACAAUGGCCUCGGCGCGGAGACGUAUAUGGAAAGGAAGAUUGCGCUGCUGGCGCCGCGAACAGCGUGCACGCACUGGCUGGGCGGGUAUGUCGUGGGCGAUGUGGUGCCUACGGCGUUGAGGUUCGCGGGAAAGGAGAUUGGUGGGAGUGAGGUGCUGUUCGCGGACGAGUUCUAUGCGGCGGAGGGGAGGUCGUUUCUGGACUUUCAGAGGUAUUAUGGUGGAGGAUCGGGAGUGUUGGGGUUGGGGAUGUAUGAGGAUCUGUAUGCUGUGCAGAAAGAGGGCAAAGGGUUAGAGGUUGGCGGAAGAAUGGUUUCGGGCCUGUUAAGGACCUUGUGGAUGCAAGAUGAUGCGUCAGAGCGGGGGCUAGUGGCGAGAAUGUUCAGCAUUUCGCUGCCUAGGAGAAACGAAUCGGGGAAGUUUGUGGUUGGAGGGGCGGUGGAUGACGAGAGAGGGUUGGAGAGUGUUGAUGCGCAGCGUGUCAGUGUGUCCUUGCCAAGGGGAGAAGAAAGAGAGCUGGUUGGAUUGUUGCACAAAAUGCUGUAUGCUGUGCCGGGAGUAGGACUCAGUGUCGGCGGGACAAGUGCUGACAGGAGCAAAUACGGUGAUGAGUACUUCCUUGAAUCUGCCCUGCCUGUUGUCUACACCACUCGAGAGCUUGCAGAGGGCGUCGCAGCAGUCUUCGAGCCGCCAGGAAGCCUCAAUGUCAGCUCGAGAGUGUACGAGGUCAGCUGUGGUGCUGUUGCUCCAGGGAAUAUCUCCUUCAAGAUCUCUACCGGCCAAGGCGAUGGGUCAGUCUCGUUCCCGAUCUAUCCCGACGAUCUCAUCGUGCCUAUCCGGUUGGACGACACAGGGGCAUGCAUGAGUGCUUUUCAGGUCGAUUGGCUUAAUCCUGACAUGAGGCGGCUCGGAUGGCCAUUCUUCAGGAACGUGAUCGCAUCUAUCGAUGUUGGAAAGUGGACGAUCGAUAUAAGGGGCAAGGCUUGGCCUAAUUCUCGUCAACAAUCAUCGAGCACCUUCGCGUCGCCGAACAUCAGCUCCAGCCCUUCAGGCCCAGGGGCCGCCAUGAGCUUCGAGGUCUCGAAGUCCUUGAUAAGCAGUAUCACAUCUUCCCCUGCGUCGCAGCCACCCGCUUCCGACCCCCUUGGGAUCUCAUUCACGUCCACCGCUCACGGUACGGGCUCGAGCCCCACAGGCAGUAAAUCAAUCACAGGCGGCGAUAACAUCGCCAAUGCUCCAGAGAGCCUACCACUAGUGUCAUCGCCUCCUCCAGGCAGUAUGCACGGAGCGCUAACACUGGCGACCUCGACAGCCCAGGUUGCGACACCAAGUCCCGUUCCAGAGACAAGUCCGAGCACUAAGAGAGCUAGGGCACUGGAUGUCGUUGAUGAGCAGUCUGGGGCGACGAAGUGGGCCGAUGGGGAAGGUAGAGGCCAUCGGUGGCCGCGGCGAUUUAGACUAGGUGAGAAGUGGACGCUGUGGGAUAGUGCUGCCAAACAAAGGACGGCUCAACAACGCGUCAGGAGGGAUACUGGUGAGCACUCGAAGGGCCAAGAGCUCUGA